AUGUCCGCCGUCUCAACGUCAACCCUCAACCCCCAGGGCCAGGGAAUUCGCCAAUCAUCCCGGCAGACACGAACCAAUCCCUCUCGAACAUCCAAGACUACCAACCGCUCUUCGUUCGGUGUCAGUCGAGGCUCGAUAGCCGAAAUUCCCGCAACGCCCCCUGUUCCUCAUGGCUUCUACCCUGCUCUUACGCAUUUCACGGACGCGAUCACCGCGCUCCCGCGUGAGUUCCGCAGACACAAUUCGCUGUUGAAGGAGGUUGAUGCGAAGGCGUGGGCGCUCGAGGAGAAUCUGCUUCAGCUCUUGCAGAUUUCCUCCGAGUCGCAACCUGUGCCGCACCCGCCUCACCCGGCGCCUAUUGUCGGUGGUGUGGUGCGGGAGGAUGUCUUGCCAAAGGAACUCUCCCAAUCCCCCGAGUCGCCCGAGAGCAAAAACCGUCGUCUCCUCUUCGAUCGCGUCCGACAGAGCUUGACCGACCUGAUGAUGACGGCCGACGAGAAGAACCAUGUGAUUUCCAACGCAAACGAGGAAUUGGACCGCCAGAUUGUUCGGCUGGAUACCGUUUACCCGUACAUUGCGGGUGAGAUCAGCGACGAGGCUCGUCUGGGUAGUCUGACGCAUUGGGCCUACUCUAACAAGAGUGCUGCCAAGGCUGCGACCAACGAGCGACCGCGUCGCGAGGCGGUGGCCCAGCGACAGGAUCUCACUCAUGUGCUCCAUGAGGCUGAAGUCGCCAGCCGUAGCGAAGCGCGGCGUGAAGCUGUUCGGGCUCGAGCACGGCGACCAAAUCCUGACGCAGACUAUGAGGAGGGUCGCGCUCCUCGGAAGACAAACUCUGGCAAACCUCGUGGCGAUAAUGCGACGGGUGAGAGUGCGGCACCCAAGCGGCGCAAGGUGGAACGGCCCGCACCGAUAGACGCUGGAGUGCCGAUGGAGCGUUCUGCUAGUAGUACUGGCGGCCAGCGUGGUGCUAACAAGGACGGUGCGGAGAAGAAGCGAUCUCGCGCUCCUAAUCCUACCGCCGCCGCAGCUCGCAAGAAGACCACCGCCGCUUCGAACGCUGGAUCGCCCGUCCUGGCCCCCUCGCCUCUUAUCGGCACUUUUAACAAUACCCCACGUGGUGCUGCGAGUCCAGGCCCGAACACAUCACGCCCGCAGUCCUCUCGAGCCCAACAAAAUGCCGGGCAGACGAGCAAUUCCCGACAACGACCUCCGUCGUCAUCAGCGUCUAAUCGCAUUGGUCAACCAAACUCCUCCAAACCUGUCGAGUCCAGAUCGACUCCGCGCGAGCCAGUCAAAGCCGAAACCACCAUUCCCGAAGCCCGCGACCUGGACGGCGAACCCGGCAGUCGACCCUCCGUACCAGCAGGCGCCAAGCGCGAAGAAGAUCGCCCAACAGAUGCAGUCGAGCCCGAGCCCACGAGCAAAGGUCGCAACUCCAAGAACUCCACCCCUCUCCUCUCGAACCUCGCCGAGCCCACGCAGUCUCGCUCCCGACCAACGCGAAGCAAUGACGCCGCGCCUAAGCGGACAGCCAAGAAACCGCCUGUCCAGCCUGCAAUCCCCUCGGAUGAGGAAUCCAUUCACGAAGGCGACGACGAGGACGAAGACCAGGAGCCGAGAUACUGCUACUGCAACGAGGUCAGCUUUGGUGAGAUGGUGGCAUGCGAUAAUGAUGCUUGUCCGCGAGAGUGGUUCCAUCUGUCGUGUGUUGGGAUGACGAAGCCACCUGGAAAGAAUGUUAAAUGGUAUUGUAACGAGUGCAAAGAGAAUAUGCGACGCGGUCGUAAUGGGCGGUAA